UCUCUGAGAAGUAUUUGUCUAGACACGCAGGUAUCAGUCUGUACCCACCAUCGCCCAGUCUUCCUUGUUGGCUCCACCUUGGUACUCUCGUGUAGAGCGGCAAGACCUGUUUUAUCUGUCACUGGGGACCUGCUAUUUAUGCUGCAAACCUUUUCUGGUGCAGAGACUUGAGCACUGCAGUCAUCCACAGUCUAACCGAGGGAAGAGAUCCUGAGCACAAAUAUGAAACUGCCUCUCCAGUGGGUACUCUACAGCACCAUCCUGUGCACAGCUGCCAGCCUGCAAUGCUACGAUUACUAUGGUUCCCCAGAUCUUGCCAAUGAGAAACAAGUGCCUAAAGUCUGUGAAAGUAAUCAGAUGUACUGCAACUCCUCUAUUGUCACGUAUGACGGCCUGUUGAGCGGUUAUUCUUACCUGGCUAAAGGCUGCACUCAAGAUUUGGAUAACUAUUGUAACAAGACUCUCACCAUAACCCUGCAACAUAUACGGUAUAACCAGAGCAUGGUAUGCUGUAACACAGAUCUGUGUAAUCAGCAUUUGACACCAGUUUUAGAAGAUGGUUCUGAUCCGUGGGUAAGAGAGUGUCUGGCAUGUAAUGGCCCCCCUUCAGCUUGCGGACACGGUAGUCUUCCUAAUCUGAGAUGUGCUUCAUCCAAGACAAACUGCAUUCAAGUGUCAAUUACCACAGCACUCAGUGAGGACACACAUCAAUCCAUGAUAAAGAGUUGCAGUAAUACCACUGUCUGUCCAGGGCUCGCUGCAUUUAGUAAUGGUCAAAAACCUGUAUCUUACGCAUCCAAUCACCAGUGCUGUAACGUGUCACACUGCAAUAAUGGUCAAUUCACAGUCACAGACCCUGGAGCAGAGAAUGGUUUGCAGUGUAACAGCCGCUCAUCCCCAAAUACCAUCAGCACAAUGAAGUGCCGUGGAGCAAUGACAUACUGUAUCGACUUGAUAGGUGAGACGUCAGAGGACAUUGUAAUGAGCGGAUGUGCCACUAAGUCGUUCUGCGAAGGUCUGUACCCUGCCUUUCAAAUCCCAGGAUGGAAAAGGACAGCAUGCUGCACCGACUCACUCUGUAACCAUGCCAACAGCAGCACCCCACAAAAAAGCACCCCCACAUACGGAUAACAGAUAAUUAGCUUCGAGAAGCACCGUAUUUUACUUCAAAAUCCAGUAUUAAUCUUUGAUAGCAAGCUAUUUAUUACAACUCCUAAGUUGCUUCUAGAAUGAUUUCAUUUUGUAAUUUAAAAUGAUCAAACCAUAUUUAGUAAAUGGAUAUUUUGACAUUUUAUAUAACUUGAUUAUAAUGAAAGUUUCCUUUUAAUAUUGCAACAACAUUUUACCUUAAGAGAAGCUACUAAGUUACAGCUGGUCAAUGAUAAAUAUUGAUGCGUUUAAUAGAUUAUUUUAUUGUCCAAAACAGAAUAAAGGGUUAACACAAUACA